GCUUGCUCAAGCAGCCCAGAGGCAGUCAACUCAGCCUCGUUGCCUGACUCGCUCCUUUACUCCUGACCAAAACAGACAUCUCACCUCGACUACCUACUCUCAUUCCCACCAUCCCAUACCCUCUAGUCGAACAGUAUCUACUUCCAUCAGCAUCUCGACGUGUCCUUCAGCCGCGCACGCCCACUCCUCACGGCGGUCACUUGCACCAUCUUCAUCUCCUCAGCGAUGAUCGUAUGCAAUCGCUUGCCGCCAGCGACGGACGCGCAAACAUCAUCCAGAUCGAUCAGUACGACACUUGUCCCGCCCAUCCACGCCCACGAUGGUGCCGCUCAAACGCUCUCGACCACGCCUGGCGUCAUCAAGGGCCGGAGAAAGCCACAUCAACAUCGCACGGCCGUCUCAUACGCACACACUAGGUCCAGCUCCCAAGCCUCAUCCAUCGCCUCUCAGACCUCGUCCAUCCCGUGGCCAUCAAAGGAGAACCAUGAUCCCAGCGCAGAGCAGCGUGGCUCCACUCCUCCUUAUGCGUGCACACCAGCAGAGUCCCACGCCCACCCUCACGCCACCGCCAGCACCGAUGCCUCGAUCAUGAGGAAGAGACGUCGCCCUCCUACCCCUAUAGGCUCGUCAUCCUCUACCUCCUCGCCGCCCCCGAACAUCUUCCGCAGACGUAUCAGGUACAGCUACGAGCAGAUCAAGAAGACCAUCUCGCCUGGCGGGAGCAAUGGGUCCACCACCAUCAAGGAACGACUCAAGGUGCGUGAGCAGCCAAGGCGAGGCCAGUCAACCAAGACCAACGGCAGUCACACAAGCAGCAGCGAUAGCGGUAGCGGAGAGGGAAGCAAUCGAUCCUCACGCCGCGUGACAGCUUGGCUCAAGACUACCACAACCACUACCACUACCACAUAUUCUUCUCGUUCUGCUCGCCCAAGCCCUCCACCAGGGCCAGCUGGCACCUUCGGCCCGUCAUUCGGCAAGAUCUUUGGCGACACGCACUUCUCUGGCGUCAUGCCACCCGGCACCGUCUGCCCUACUUUCGUCUCGCCCCCUAUCCACGGCAAUGGUACCGGUGACGCUCGGAGCAACGAUGACAGCUCUUCUACCACAGUUCGUUAUCACGGCGGUGCACGUCUCUUCAGCCGUGAGCUCGUCGAACGUCAGCAGCCCAAGACGCUCACCGGUGCCGCCGACCUCAGCAUGUAUCUCGACCCGCUUUACGGCAUACCAGAGUCAACACGCUCCCGCGAAGAGAUCAAGCGUCGCAAUGCCUUUGAGGAGGAGAGGCGUGGUAUGCUCCAGGAGGCUAAUCUGAGGGCAAGGAGGCAUACGACCACGGCUGCCGCGCUCACCGACAUGCCAGCAAAGGCGGAGGCGUUGCGUGCAGCGAUGAAGGUAGCUACCGCUGCAGCUAUGCCCCAGGUUGAUGCCACAAGUUCGCAUGACCGCGCACACCACUCCAGAAAAGAGCUGCCUCCCGACUCGCCGCGUCCUCACGCUAGGCAACCGACCCAACGAGCACGCCUGCGCACAGACGGGAGCACCGUAGGCAGCGAGGACGUCCAAAUCCUCGCAGGCAUUCCGAACUCGCUUUCAUUCGCGCGUAACCCCGCUGCUACGGCAGACGCUACGCCUCGACUCGCGCCGCAGUCUCAUCGUCACCACAUUUCCAUCGUACCACCGACGCCGCUAGCUGAAGUCGAGAUGCUGGAAGCAGACCGCCCAUCUCCUGCAGCCCUGUCAUCAAGCAUGGACUGCUACGAGCCAGAGGCUGGUGCAGAGCUCGAGGCAGCAGACAAGACCUCUUCAAUCCCUCCAGCCAUGGCCGACGUCGACACGGAUGUGGCAAUGCACACUGCUGAGUACCGCGAUUCUUCGCAGGGCCACGAAGCGGUCGAGGAGCAAGAGGACGAGACGGAGCAGAUGCAACGCCUUCUUAUUGCACAACGCCUGAUGAAUCAAGUCAUCGCUCAGCUCAGGGUCUCAGCGGCCGGGUCUGCGGCUACGUCUCCGCCCACCGGUCGUCAAGGGCCACCUCAUGCUCAUUUGUCUCGCACAAGUCUCGACUCGCCUGGCAUUGGCCGUGCUCUUCCGCCCCACCUCAUGUCAGAGAGUAGACGUAGUCUCGCUCGAGAGCUUGUAGGCAAUGGUGAUGUGGAGCGAAGCCAGGACAUCUCAACAGCCGCCCUCGCCAACAACAGCAGCGGUGAGAUUGCACGUCCCAUGCACUCAACUCCUUCUUUUCAAUUCAACAUCUCCACCUUCGGGAUCAUCGGGCACGAUGAGAGCACGAGCACGAGCACGGGCACGGAGAGUGCGAGCAUGAGCAGGAGUAGGAGUAGGAGCAGCGCAUCUCCUUUCCCUGGCCCGAUCACGCCAUCCCUCGAGGGAUGCGGGCCUACUCUCCCGGCUGGAUUCACACCGCAGAAGGAGGAUGAGCACGGAGAAGAUCCCUUUGCGUACUCUCUGCGUGAUGCCGAGAUGGAUAGCAGCGUUGCUCCUGCUCCUUUACCAGCUGCUCAAGAUUUCGCUGUCGCAGAGCCAGCCAAUGCCACGAGCGAGUCGCUCCAGUCAUGGUUUGACACCAACUUCGCCCACAUCAUGCUAGGCCCACCUCCCUCUUCAUCGUCUUUGACCUCUGCGCCGGUGUCCCCUCUGACGAGAUCGGAGCCGAUUGCCAUUCUCGCUCCGAGCCCAAGUCACGCUCACGGCUACCAGCAUCAAGACGGCUCGCAAUCACUCGAGGGACCACCAGUGCAACUCACCGGCUUCCUCGCACCGCUCCGCCGCAAUGCGGGUACACCUGAGGACUUCGCUCCACUGGCCUCGAUGACCUUGACGGGUAAUAUGCAGGAGGUUGCCGCUGAAGCAGAAGCCGCUCUCGCUGCUGCUGCGGCCGCUGCUGCUGGUGGCAAUGCGGGAGGUGACUCGACAACGCACGAGUCGUUCAUCACUGCUCCGCAGGCCAGCGUGCGGUAUGGUCUCGUGCCCGAGGAUGUUAUGCCUGAAGCCGCUGAGCCACACGUCGAGCCUCAAGCAACAGACGACAUCAAUCGAGCGUACGUUACCGACCUCAUUCUGGGCACGACCGACAUUAGCAGAGACGUCCAUACCAUUACCGUCGCCGAGUGGAGCAGUCAUCUCCAGGGAAACCAAGCAUUCUUGCGCUAUGUCAACGAGCUGACGAGGUGGGAGCGAGGUUCACGCUCUACUACACCCCCGAGCCCGAGCAUGGCUCUCUACUCUCACGGAGAGGCUGGCGAAGAGCCACCCCUGCCACUUGAGAUUGACGACAACGACUUGGCGAUGUAUGCGCGACUCUUCUCUGGAUUCGCAUACGGUGACGCGGCUACGGCAGGGCAGCAGCAGAACAACAACUCGUCUGCGGAGCACCUCCAAGACUCGAGCGGCACGGCAACCCUCAUCAGCUCUGGUACGCAAUCCUCCUUCCCUCUUCCACCCCUGCGCACGCCCUCUGGUCGCCAAUGCCCUCAGGCAACGAGGACCCCGUCUCCCGGGCUCUUCUACAGGACCACGGAAUCUGUGCGCGCCGCUCAGGACCGUCUUGUGGAGCUGAGGCGCUCUUCGCAAGGUGCGAGUGCGAGGGAGCAUCGGAACGUGGUGCUGUCGAGCGAUGGAGAUGCGACCUUCGACCUCGACCCUGAUAGCUUCAUUUGGUGGAGACCAUGGGAGGAGCUGCCGGCUGGCGAGGGUGAGACGGAGUGGCAGGAAGAGCUCGGCAAUGCUCACACGCUCACUUCACCUGGCACUCUCGAAGCAGACAUCAUGAGGCACGGCUGUACGCAUGAGGAGAUGGAAGCCGUCACAGCUAUCAUGAUGCUGGCUGAGCGCGGCGGCAGCGAGAGUGUCCAAGGUCGCGUCGAGGACACCAACACUGCAUCUUCAGAUGCUCUCGGUUGCUCAUCUCCUUCGCCGCUCAUCCUGCCAUCGCCAAUCUCAUCCCCUUCGACUCGCUUCAGCCUCACCAGACGUCUCAGCGCCACGGUGGACAGGCUGCGUCGUCGCUCUGCCAACCUUCUCAGCGGCGGCACUUCUUCCACUACCAUUCAGGAGCAAGAGGCUUCCGGCGACACCGUACUCGGGAGCAGUUUCAUCCGAAACACACCACCGCCUGAGGCUUUGCGCUCGCUUCAGGCGAAUACAGACACAGCUGAGGAGCAGGACAGCGCAGAACAGGGCAUCGGUGGCGGAGCUCGUGGUCGUGGCCGUAAGCUUUCGCGCCUGCGACCUCUCUCAUCAGCAAGGCUAAGGCUACCGCGCUCGGAACGCCUCACCUUCUUUUCUUUGCGCUCGGCUUCACCUCCUGCUCGCGACGUCGAGCAGGACGACGACCAGCAGCUGCUUCAGCGUCACAACGGCCGCGCAUCCGGAUCCGCCCGGGAGGCAGACGCUGACGAAGAGUCAGAUGACGGUGUGCCCUCUUCUCCUUCGCUCUCAUCAAGCGUCGCGAGCCAGAUCGUUCACCGCUUCAGGUCAUCAACCUCCCUCUUCGCUGCGGCUCGCCGUAGCAAGCGCAAUAGCAGGCCGAGCUCCUCUCGGCCCCUCACGCACGCAGCAAGUGACGCGUCCAUGCGCACUGCUUCCACUGCAGCUUCGCUGAUGGCCGUGCCAGCUUCACCUUCUUCGCCUCUCAAUCGUCUUGCACCGGAGCCGCCCGCAUCCAUCCCGAGAAAGAGGUGGAGCACCUUCUUCCGCGGCUCAAGCAAGGCCAGCAGCAAUGCCAGUACCAGCAAUGCCAGCGGAAGGCUGGAUGCAGCUGCCCCAAGUCCGAGCUCGAGUCGAUUCCCUACUUCAUCUGCUGCCCCUGCUCGCAAACGUCGUAGCGUCAACGGAUUCAUCGACCCGACGACGCCCAUGGCUGUGCGUAUCGCUACCGAAGGGGAUCUGAGGUCGGGGGAGUACGAGGGGCUGCUCGGGAGCAGUGAGAGCGGGAGUAUGUUCAACGACCGCGACUGGGGCCGGGACCAUUAUGAUGACAUGAUGGAUGUAGACGCUGAUCACGAGACGGCCGUAGGAGACGUACCCAUUACUGCGGGGGCGCAUGAGGCCGAAGCCGACCUCACGCCCACACGCGGCGUCCCUACCAUCGGCAUCUCAGCCCCAGACUCGACAAGCAGCCUCGCCACAGCCGCUCAAGCCACAUGGGACGAGGCAAUGGCCAUGAGCGUCGAACGUCAGCCUCGCGCCACCGCCACCAUCACCAAUGGCCCCUGCACCCCGGACAAUUCGUCCAUCCCCUGGCCAACAGUCUGGGCAGAUCUGUCGCCCUCUCAGCGAAGGCACUGCCGCGUACAAUUGGGCGAGCAGUACACGCAGACGAGCGAUUAUGAGUAUCAUCCCUCCUUUACCGCCAACGGCGAGCAGGGACAGACAAGCACGCAGACGUGCGACUACGACGACUCUGCAGUCGAGCCUGGCACGUCGGACUACAUGGCGGAUAGUGGGCAUCAUGAGUCGGUGACGACGGUCAAAGCGGCCCGAGCAGUGGGGACAGCGAGCGCCGAGGGCAGUGCGAUUGAGCUUGAGGAGGAGAGUGAAGAUCAGCCGGCACCUCCUCCCCUUCCCCCUGCAGCACCACAAACACGCUCGGAGUCUGGCUUUGGGUCCAUGUCCACCAGCACUUCGACCGAGUCCUCGGCCUUCUUCUGCGCUUGGAGUCAGGUCGGACUGCGUCGCUCUUCAUUCUAAGAGGGCUAAGGCAUCAUCCAGCUGUGGCGUUCGUGGCUCAUUUCAUCUAGCCUUGCCUGUCGUCCGGUAUCAAGUCUCGUGAUCCUCUCGUAUCUGCUGGAAAGUAUCUUGCUCCUUUUCUC